AUGGGGAAGCCCGGCCCACAUAAGCCCGAGUUGUUUUUGAACUGGAAAUCGAUAUUUCUUCUCUUCAGGCCUUCAGGAUUGAGCAAAAGAGUUCAAGUGAGGUGUUAUUGGCCAGUGUGUAAGGAAUUUGGCCUGAGAGUUGAUUGGAGCCCAAGUGCAAGCUUUUCAAGGACCUCAAAUUUUCUAAGCCUGAAGGGAUUUGCCCUGUUAGCCUAUUGCUUUCCAAUGCAAGAAAGUUCAGGAUCCCAUUUGUGUAGGCAUGUUCCAUGUCAAUUGGUUGUAACUCAGCUGCAGCACUGCAAAAAGCUCGAUAGGCACUUGAGCUCAGCCACUGCCGGAGUCAACUUUCCGGCGAGCCCCUUCCCCUGCAGAGAGAUGUUGGCCACUUUCCGGUGCUCGUUGCAAGCAACCCCAACAAACGAGCCGCUGCACGGCUCGCCGGAAGCGGCCCACGAGGACAGGCACUUGUUCGCCGGAUCCAAAGAUGACUUGAUCUCCAUUAAUGCCCUCAGCUCUGUAUUUCCGGCCGCCGGAGUUUGGGAGCUUUUUGGAUAUGGAGUUUGUUUGAGCUGUAAUGCUUGGAUGGUGUUUUCUUUGGAGGACGAGCAAAAGAGAUUAGCUAGUGUGUUCACUGUUCAAUGUGAAAAGGUUGUCAGCUAUAUUGGACUUUGGAGG